AUGUCCUCAUCCCAUAAAGAGAUAGAUUUGCUGCCUAACUUGAAUAAUUAUAAGAAAACACUCGCCUAAAACAGAAGAACACUCCAAGAAUCCACAGUCUAAAGAGAAAACGAUCACGAGACCUUUGAAGCUUAAGUUGUCGAACACAACGAUGCUAUUGGUGCCAUCGAUGAAUGCCUCUAAUUAUUGAGCACAAUCGCUACCCCAUCUCUUGCUUAAAUCAAGAAGGUUUAAAAGAACCUCACCAAAAUCCAAAACUCUUUGAAAAAGCACAACUAAUUCCAAAUCUUUGUCAAAGUCCUUUUGGAAAUCACAGUCGAAUCCAACUUCGCCGAUCAAGGUGCUCUCAGAGACAUUAUUGUCGCCUUCAACAACUUGAGAGUUGAAUUAGUUGAUUCUCUCAACUAAAUCACAGCCGAUGAAGCUUAAGCUGUUACCGACUUCAACGCCCAAGUUGUCUAAUUGAACUAAGAACACGCUGAAUUCUAAAGAGCUGUCGUUGUUAAGAAUGCUGAAAUCGAAGCCAACGCAACCAAGAUUGAAUAAACCCUUGACCUCAUCGAUGAACUCGAUGCUGAUUUAGCAACCCUCAACGGAUAAUUAUAAGCUGAAAACGAUGACUUUGCCUUUGCCACCGAUGUCUACAAUUCAACCGUUGCAGAAUACAACAAAGAAAUCAAUGCUGCCAACCAAGCCUUAGAAUUGCUCACAUUAACCAAGAUUUUAAGAUUAUGUUAAAUCAUAACUCAAAGGAGCAUGAUCUAUUCAAUAAUAUCAUUCAAAAGUUAUCACCCAUUCUAGCAAAUUUUUAUUUUUUCUAUUCUCUUAGACUUACAUAAUCUCAAAUGA